GAUAAUAAGAGAAGUGAAGCUUAGCAGGAGGUGUCAAGCUCGCCAUGCCCGGUUGCCAGUUUCUCUCGCUCUGCGCCUCAGACCCGGAGCUCAUCCGUGUCUCAUGUUGAUUCUCAGAGUGUCUGUAAACGCACCAUGCGGCUGUUCAGUGUCUCAACUUUGCUCCUGUUCUUCUUCAGCUCAGGGCUGGCUCUGCAGAUUCAGUGCUACCAGUGUGAGGAGAUGACACACGACUGCUCCACGCCAGAGUUCAUCGUUAACUGCACCGUGAACGUGCAGGACACAUGCCAGAAGGAGGUUCUGGUGAAGGAUGAUGGGAUACAUUACCGCAAGUCCUGCGCUUCAUCAGGAGCCUGUCUUAUUGCUUCUUCUGGCUACCAGCAGUUCUGCACCGACAAGCUCAACUCAGUGUGCAUCACCUGCUGUAACACACCGCUGUGUAAUGGACCACGCCAGAAGAAACGCCCCCAACCGUCAGCUGCCAUUACUCUGACCACACCACAUCUCCCUGUGUUUUCUCUCUACAUCCUCCUCCUGCUGUCCGCCACCCUCUGCUGACAGACCUUUAUACAUUAAUACAUCAAGAUGUUGAGUGGAGACACCGUGAACUGGAACUGCAUUAACUAAGACAGCGAUGGAAACAUGUAUAUUCUUUAAGGCGUGUGGAAGCUUUGUACAGUAAUUGUUCUACCCUGACACCCCAACUUUCUGUCACAGAAAACAGAUUUUACCAUCAAGUGAUCUGAUAUGAUCACCGUGCAGCUCCGAGGGGAGCUGCAUCGAUAAGAUGAUGUGGAGGACAGUGUUGUAAAUGAAACAGCUUCUGGAUAUUUUGUUAGGCAGCAGG